UAAAGUUACAUCAAAUGUAGCCUACAAUGUAAAAAUUUCUAUCAGCGGGCUACAAUGUUACUGUUAUGGUUACAUUCGGCAUACAUGCUAAUUGGCAUCUUUCCAUGAACUAAAAACGUUCAAGAUAAAUAUGCAGUCAACCCGUGGGAAAGAAAUAUGUUGAUUGUUGCGGUGGGAAUUGUAGUUCUUCUGGCCUUCCCAAUGUUCUCGCAACAUUACCGUGACGUUGUUGCACCGUGAUAUCAUGCGCUGGCUGUGGACUGCUUGAUAACCACUUCCGCUUUUUUCCACGCAGGUCAACAUUUGCGUUUACCUAGAAAGACAGUAAAGACAUUGUAGAAAGGUUUUUGUCGGUUAAAACUCACGUUUAGGAGAUCGACAGGUUGAGAUAUUUAUGGAGCAUAAUAAUGGAGAUACUUCUAGCUGGUCGAUGCAGCGACGAAUGGAAGGUUUGGUCAACAAACACAUGGCAGACAUAGCACUAGAAACACUCCAACAGAGACUAUCAGCUGUGUCCGACGAAAUGAACCAUCUUGCGGAACAUGUCUCGAGACGCUCGGAGGAUGUUCCCAAGUAUGAUAUUCCAAGACGCACAGAUGUAAACUUUGACGUUGAGUCACUGAGUGCAACAUUUAGCACGGGUGGUGUUGGGGAAAAGUUGGCGAUCCCCGGCACCUCAUCAUCAGCAGAGACGGCUGCCCAGCGUAAAAUCAUCUCACUGCUGGUGGAGAUUAAGGAGGAGCAGCAGAGACAGUGGGGCGUUUUGAGGCAGAUGCAGGCCAGGGUUCAGGGCCAGAGCUUUCCGGUGGUAGAGGAAGAGGUGGAGGCUCUAGACAUUGACAUCCCACUGAGGACCAUGGAGCAGCUAGAUGACACAGAGAGGCACCUGGAGGAUGCAGGAGCACAGAAGAGAAUGGUGUCUCACCUGUCACGAAUGGGUGGGGCCACGUUUGAUGAUGCGGUGCGAAGGCUCAUGCAGGCAGUGCUAUCUUUUGCUGUGGGCUCUGAGCUCAACUGGGUGGGCCGAGGCCAGAAAAGGAGCUUCAGAAACACCCGCCUCCAAGGGGUCCUCUUCUGUGCUCUGAAAAGAACCCCAGUGGGCAAAGAGGCCACACAUCACCAGUUUGCAGACGUGGUGAAGAAGUGGCUGCGGUUCGCCCCAUUCAGACAGGGAGGGAGUGGUCGACGGCAUUAUAAACCACCUGUUGACUUCCUGUGUCCAAAGGAAUGUGUAGAUCUGCCUACACAUCAGCCUACACAUCCACAAACAGCGUAAACGGGCUCUAACCAGAAGAGGAGAGGAAGGCCC